AUGGCUACUCUGACCAGAGUCGAGUUCGUACCAUCCGCGCCACCAUAUCCAUAUCAAUCCCCACCACCACCACCACCACCACCGGACCGCCCUAACAACCCCCAGACCAUUAGGUCAACUAGACGCACCUCCCUAGGAAAACACAUCUGCAACGUCGUGACCCUUGUCUUCUUAGUCGCAACCGUGGUCAGCUUCAUCGUUUGGCUACUCUAUUGGGAUAGAAUGAGGAGUGUAUAUCUCCCCCAGUUCAAGGUGGAAUCAGCCACCGUCUCCCAACUCAAUUCAGAAGGCUCCUUAUUGACCUCCACAUGGGACAUCACUCUCCUCGCCACUAACCCUAACCGCAAACACAAAAUCUUCUUCGACAACGCCCUUGCAGGGGUCGCCUACCUUUACGGUGACACCUCUAUUCUGCUAGGGCAAACGCAGCCGUUGCAACGUCACUUCUCUUUGGAUGAGAGGAACAACGGACGUGUUGACAUCAAGCUAGAACUGGUGAGGAAAUCGUUUGCUGAUGGCGUGGUGAAACAAAUCUCCAAUGACAGGUCUCGCAGAUUGGUGAGGUUUGAUGUUGCACUUAUUGCUUAUGAAAAGUUUAAGGCGCGGCUGGUGCCUUCAAUUCAUUAUCGGCUAAAGCUGUUAUGCCCGGUUGAUUUUGGGUUUCCGGGGAAUAAUGUGACCGGAGUGUUGACGGGUCUGUCUCGUUGCACUACUGUACGUUGA